GGGGAAGGAAGAUGGCGACGCCCAGCAGCCGGUGAGGAGAGAGGACACGGGGCAUCCCGGGGAGCGGCGGGACUCGCGCGUUAUGGCCGCAUCCCCGCACACUCUCUCCUCACGCCUCCUGACAGGUUGGGUGGGAGGAUGCAUCUGGUAUCUCGAAAGAAGAGCUAUGCAGGAAUCCCCCCACGAGUUCAUGCAUCUUUUCAGGAGUGUCCGGAAGCAGUGGAUGACAUUUCAGCACUUCACCUUCCUCAAGCGCAUGUAUGUCACACAACUGAACCGAAGCCUCAACCAGCGAGCAAAGCGGAAGCCGGAGCCCAUGGCGUCCCCUUUCCUUGACAAAGCCCCUCUGGCUCAGGCCAAAGCAGAAAUCUGCGAGGUGAGACCUCUUCCACCCCCCCGCCUACCUUUACCCGGAAAGCCCCGUGAGAAAGCAUUGCAGGAACCGAACUCGGCCUCCGUAGUUGAAGGUGCACUGGACGUGGGAAGGGAGACAAAGGCUGAAAAGCAGUGGCGAGAGAUGAAGCUGCAUCUGGAGGAAUUGCCAGGGAUUUUGGCGCAGCUGUCCAAAAUCAAGCUCACAGCUCUCGUUGUCAGCACCACCUCAGCUGGAUUUGCGCUGGCCCCAGGACCUUUUGACUUGCCCUGUUUCCUCCUCACUUUUGUGGGCACAGGCCUUGCAUCCUGUGCUGCCAACUCCAUCAACCAGUUUUUUGAGGUGCCGUUUGAUUCAAACAUGAAUAGGACAAAGAACAGACCUCUGGUUCGUGGACAGAUCAGCCCGCUGCUUGCCGUGUCCUUCGCCACUUGCUGUGCUGUUCCUGGAGUUGCGCUCCUGACCUGGGGGGUGAACCCCCUCACGGGCGCCCUGGGGGUCUUCAACAUUUUCCUGUACACCUGUUGCUACACCCCGUUGAAGAGGAUCAGCAUCGCCAACACGUGGGUCGGGGCCGUCGUUGGGGCCAUCCCCCCUGUCAUGGGCUGGACGGCAGCGACCGGCAGCCUGGAUGCUGGAGCGUUUCUCCUGGGAGGAAUCCUCUACUCGUGGCAGUUCCCCCACUUCAACGCCCUGAGCUGGGGCCUCCGUGAAGACUACUCGCGCGGCGGCUACUGCAUGAUGUCGGUCACCCACCCGGCCCUGUGCAGGCGCGUCGCCCUGCGCCACUGCCUGGCCUUGAUCGGACUGUGCGCGGCCGCCCCCGUCCUGGAUGUCACCACGUGGACCUUCCCCGCCAUCUCCCUCCCCAUCAACCUGUACAUUUCCUACCUCGGCUUCCGGUUCUACGCGGACGCGGACCGGAAGAGCUCCCGGAAGCUGUUCUUCUGCAGCCUCUGGCACCUGCCCCUGCUGCUGCUGCUCAUGCUCACCUGCAAGCGGCCGCCAGGGGGCGCCUGCGCCAGGGGGGAGCCUCGGGGCUGACGCGCGUGCGCCUGGGGCAAACAACGUAAGGGGAGACGCACAACUUUUUUUUUUUUUUUUUUU